CGGCAAAAUAGAUAAGAAAAACGUACGCCCAAAGUGAGGAGCUUCAUUUCGUAGUGGUUUGUCUGGUUGGGAACACUGAAAGUAUUUGCCCGCGAUGUUACGACUGACAGCUACAGGCUAUGCCAUGAUGACUUCCUUCAUCACUUUCCUUAUUGUCUUUGGUGGAUUCAUUCAGAGCAUUACUCUGUUCAUUCUUUUACGAACCCCAGAUCUCAAGUCCAAGUCUCUAACGCCUUAUCUUAUAAAUGUGGUUGUCGCAAAUUCUGUCAUGAUUCUUGGGAGUUUUCCCAGUACGCUGGCUUCGUCUAUUGCCAAUCGGUGGAUUUUCAAUGAUUUGGUUUGUCGUUUGGUGGGGUUUUUCGGUGGUAUUGCGGCCAUAGCUAUGAUAGCAACCAUGACGUGCAUCACCAUUAAAAUUUACAGUACACUAACAAUACAGUUUGGUAACAACAAGUUGUCAUUCGCGGCGAAUAAAGACCGAACUCACCUAAAAAUUAUCGCAGGUAUUUGGAUCUACUCGGUACUCUCUAUGCUUCCACCUACUGCAGGCUGGACGAGGAUGAUCAUCGAGAGUGCUGAUACGAAUUGCGCACCCGACUGGAUGGCGGAAAGUACAGCAGAACUAGUGUACAUCUUAAUACUAACAUGCAUGGCCUAUAUCAUACCUGUUAGCAUCGCUGUCGUCUAUAUCUGGAGGAUAAAUAAUGCCUUAUCAGCUCAUGUUAAACUGAUGGCGCAAAUGUUAAGCGCUCAACGACAAAUCAAGGAUUUUAGGAACAUUACAAAGAUGGCUGCUUUGGCGAUUGUUGCCUUCACGAUUACUUGGCUACCUUACUGCUUGUAUGUUCUCAUCUGCGCUUUUGGCGAAGGGGAGAAAAUCUUUAAUGCUGAGACUAGCGUCAUAGCUUGUCUUGGGGCAAAAUCAAGCAUUCUCUAUAACCCGUGUGUUUACGCUUUCGUCAAUCCAAGGUUUAGAGCCAGUUUUAUGACUCUUCUGAAGAUCAAAAGACCCCCAAUUCCAGUAAAUGCUGUCGAUGUAAUAGUGGACACAAGUACAAAUCGGCGAAGAAUGUGCAACAAAUCUACAGUACUUCAAACACGACCUGCCGUCGACAAUCAAGCAACAGCAAUCGAGCUCUUGGUACCUAGUUUCCUCAAUCCUAAAAAUAAUGCUGUCAAAUUAAUCAACACUGAACGUAGUGUCUGUAAUAAAAGUGUCAACGAUGAUGCCAAAUCAGGAUAAGACCAAUAUAUAUAUAUUUGAUGUACUGAUCUCAGAAUGAUCAUGGAUCGAAGUCAUGAUUCCUUAGUCAUCAUCCGUUUUAUUCUGUCGUCAAUGAGAUGAAUUCUUGGCAUCUUUCACCUCUUCGGUGGCGUCUGUCUGGUAUACUCUUACUGCAAGAUAACUUGGUUAACUUACAGUAAGGACUUCUCGUGACCGUGAUCAUGACGGUCGUUAUAUGUCUAAUAACUUCAGUGCACUGAGAAGCAUCUCACACUGGAAUUUGGACGAAUAUUGGUGCCCUAAAUUCCAUGCCUUGAUUGGCCUGUAGUGGGCAUACGCAACUUCUCUAGCACAGAUAUUAGUUUUCAGAAAGCCAACUGUGUCAAAAGAAGGUUUAUUUAGCAACAUAGUACAGCACUCAUAAGAUUAGAUAAAAAUCUCAAAUUAAAAUAAAAUCUCUAAGGAGUAGAUAGACA